CGGUCAGUAGCCAUCUAGACCGUCACCGACAAACAGUCUCCGCGGGACUCGCCACAGCCGCUACCAGUCACCGCGAUAACACGCGCGUCAACCAGAUUUUUUCGUGCCCACUGGUUUCAUGUCACCCAAUACUCACGGACCAAUACCUCAAAUUUUAUCGAAAAUCCCGGAAUCUGAAACUACAGUAAUGAACUUAAACACCUCAGAACGGCCCGAAAAUGAUAAAGUUUUAAAAACACACAACGAUGAUGAUCAAAGAAGAAAACCAAUGUUUUUAUUUAGCGUGGAUUAUAUAUUGAAUAAAGCUGGAGAAACGAAUGCCGAAGACGAUACUGAACAACAAAAUAAAAAACAUUUUGACUGGUUGUAUUGUACACGAUUCAAGCCUCCAAAACUCGACAGGAUAAAAAGGAAGGAUGGGCAACAUAGACAGAAACGGAGACCAGGACGUAAUCCGAGAAUACCAUUUACAACUCAACAAGUUACAGUAUUGGAACAUGAAUUCCGGCGGAGCGCAUAUUUAGGAGGAACUAACGACGUACAUGUAUUGUCUGAUAGAUUACGACUAUCGGAAAGCAGAAUAAAAAUAUGGUUUCAAAACCGUAGGGCCAGAGAACGUAGAGAUCAUCACAGUGGAAGUUUAUCUGGAUCAUCUAGUACCAACACUACUAACUAUUCUUCUCAACAACAACGACUCCCAAUAUCAUCUACGUCUGCAUUCAAACCAUUGAUGCCAUCACACACUUAUGUUGAAGGAAAUGAUUCUUCGUCUUGAAAAUCGAACUUAUAAAAUAUAUCUUAGCAAACAUAAUUAAUUUAAAAUUGUAAAAUGUUCCCUGCAAACUUUACAUAAAAUAUUAGUUUGUAUCAUUUUAAUGUAAUGUGAUUUAUAUAUAAUUUCAAUUUUUUUCAAUAGCUCAGCUUCUUAUACGUUGUAUUGACUAUUGUUUUAAAUUACGUA